AUAGGUGGCGCCCUAGGCGCUCCCCCUUAGGGAAGUAUUCUCCCCUUCCGUCUUCAUCUUUCCUUCGUUGAUCGGAGCGACGAGUCAUGUCAACCGCCGAGAUCGUGGAGCUCCAACGAACGGUGGCGAACAUCGCUACUUCGGUAGCGGUGCUCACCAACCGCCUCCCUCCGUUAGCCACGGAGGAUGUCGAACUCCGACAUAGUGAGCGGAGCAACUCGCCAGACCUGGACCCUUUGGGUCCCGCUGACGAGCCCCAUGCCUGGUUGGGGAGACCGACGGAGGGCCGUCCCCGGGAGGUGGACCCUGCCCUCCUCGACUUCCUCAAAGAGCACUGGGGCCCCGAAGGGCGCGCGGAGCGGUGCAGGGCGGCCCUGACGAGCUUCCCGCGACCGCGGCUCCCCUUCGCCACAGUGCCGGAGUUAAAUCCGGAAAUGAAGGCCCUGGCGAAGGAGAGGAGCCGCCGUCCAGAGGGUGGCUCGGAAGGGCCCGCCAACGUCGCUGCCCGGGACCAGGCACUCCGAGAAAGCCAAGACGGAGUGGCCGCUGCUAUGGGGCCACUGGUUGGCCUAUUAGAGAUUGGCCUCACGGAGGAGGCCAUUGAUAGAAAGACGGUGGCUGACCACGUGGGGGCAGCUACCGCCCAUCUCGGGCGGCUCUUCGCGUCGCUCUCCCGCGAGCGCCGGGAGGGGGUGAUUGCACGAGUGGCCCCAGACCUCCGCCAGAUGGUGGCCCAUGACGGCGGGGACGAGGGAUCCCCACUGCUGUUUGGAGAGGGCUUCCUGGGGCAGCUGCGAACGCGGAACGAGACCAUCAAGGUCCUCCGGGAAGCCCGCCAACCGCCCCCUCCCGCCGCGGAGCCAGCAGCCAAGAGGUCCCGCAGCUCGGCUGCCCCAGGGACCAGUGCCCAGAGCCGGAGUGUGGGCCGGCAGCCCUUUCACGGGGGGCCCCCUUCCCGAGGCUACACGAGGGGGGCCUACCUCCGCCAGGGACAUCGAGGCAACGGGACACGCGGCAGGACUUAGCGUGGUGGAUCCGAGCACUGAGGAAGACCCCAAGGGGCCAGAUCAAGACACCCCCAGUAGUACAGACGAUACAGUCGGACAGCUCGCUGAAGGGGUGGGGAGCAUGCUCGGAGGGGUGGACGAUCGGGCAUCACUGGACACCACUCCAAUCCACUUGGCACAUCAAUGCCCUGGAGCUGAUGGCAGCCUUCCUGGCCCUUCAGGCGCUGGCAAAGAAUGUGUCUCGGGGCUCCAUCCUCCUCGAGCUAGACAACACAGCAGCAGUAGCGGCCAUCAACAGGAGGGGCAGCACCUGCUCUCCACAACUCACCAGGAUAGCCCACGAGCUAUGGUCGUGGUGUUGGGCGAGGGGAAUAUCAGUCAGGGCGCAACAUAUUCCGGGGCACAUGAACACGGAUGCAGACCAAGCAUCCAGGAGAGUGAUGGAUGCCAGCAGUUGGAAGCUGUGCCCGUUCACAUUCAGCAGGAUCAACUGUCUGUGGGGCC